UCAAGGCCCUCACUGGGACAUGAUCAGGAUGUCGAUAAUGUAUACAUGACCAAGGCCGGCCUGGAAAGCAAUGUAAAAAGCUUGAAUGAGGAGAUCAACUUACUGAGAAGCUUGUACAAGGCGGAUAUUGAGCAACUCCAGUCCUCCAUCUCAGAUACUUCCGUGAUCGUGCAGAUGGAUAACAGGCGAGACCUGGAUCUGGAUGACAUCAUUGCUGAGGUCAGAACCCAGUAUGAAGACAUUGCAAACAGGAGCCGCUUUGAAGCAGAGUCAUGGUACCAAAGCAAGUAUGAAGAGAUGAGGGCAACAGCUGGCAAGCACUCAGACAACCUACGGGACACAAAGAACGAUAUCAUGGAGCUGAACCGUGUGAUUCAAAGACUGAAGGCUGAAAUUGAUAGUGCCAAAGGUCAGCGUAGCAAACUGGAAGCAGCCGUCACAGAAGCUGAGGAGCAUGGAGAGAUGGCCAUCAAAGAUGCAAAGUGCAAGCUGACAGAGCUGGAAGAGGCCCUGAUGAAGGCCAAAGGAGACAUGGCCCGGCAGCUGCGGGAGUACCAGGACCUGAUGAACGUCAAACUGGCCCUGGAUAUUGAGAUUGCCACCUACAGGAAGCUGCUGGAAGGCGAAGAGAGCAGGUGGGCUGUGCUGGACAGCUCGAUGGCUUGGUGCAUGGGUUAA